AUGUAUAACAUUUUAUUUGAUAGCUUCCAGACCAUGGCCAACAAUCGUCAGUCAAUUGCCCCAGCUCCAUCCCCGGAAUAUGCUGAGCUUUUAAGAAGGCUCACCGCUAUAGAGGAAAGCCUCAAGACUAUGGAUUCCAACAUUGGCAUUGUCAUCAAGGGCAACAAAGAUUCAUUGGAAAUACUUGAUAGCGUUGCCGAUGCCUCUGGAGAACUUCUUGCACUUAUUGCUCCUACUACUAUACCUGCUUCUGCUUUUGUCCCUUUCGCAGCUUCUUCCAUUGGUUCUACUCUGGAUUGGCAUACAACACCUUCUGAGGCUUUUUUUAGCAUCCCUUCUGCUGCUCCUUCUGUUGCUCCUUCUGUUGGUCCAGUGGUUCUUACUGGUGCAAACCCUGGUGAACUUAGUAAACAGGAUCGCAAUAGAGUUUUAGCUCUUAUCCGAGGAGAGUUGAAGAAACACAACUUCAAAUCGAAUAAGCCGGAACUAGUUGCAGCUAAUGACAGCAAGCGCAGUUGGGAUGUUAAUGUUGAUUACAGACUUCCACCCAACAGACAGCUGAUGCAUGACCUUCAUGCAUACCUGGCUCCAAAGGUUGUUGGGACUAGUGUUCGACAGGCCAAUAUUAGCGAUUGUAUAUACACAAACUUUUGUGGAACGAGACGCCGAAUCAAGGAAUCGUAUGAAUCGCGCAAAAAGACGAAUUCUCGGUCAAGAAAAGCAGGUCGAGAGACCGAUCAUUUUGACCGUCGCGAGCUGACCUACCAUACAUUCAAGGCUGAAAUUGAUGUGAAGGUGGGUAAGAGCUGUGACGGACUCUUACAAAAAGAAGCAAUGUCUGAGGGCGAAUCUGAAGACGAUAUGCCUGGAGUCUCGAGCAACCGUGCGAUUCGUACAGUGCGUCCAAGUUGGAGAAGCGAUGAGUACAAUCACUUUCUUGCGGUUGUUGAUGAUUUUAUGCACAAUUGCAUGGACUUCAAUUCGUGUCAGAUGUUGAAGAGGUCCUUCGGUAGAGAUGCUGUUUUAGCAGUCACGCCUAGAUUGACGUCCCUUCUCCCUCACUGGGCUUUUAGAGAUGAGUUUCAAUAA